AAAGUGACUAUGAGAGAGGAUUACUGCUGGGCGAUUCACUCUUUAUCAUCACUCCUGGACAAGGAAAGCCAAUGCACGGAUUAGCUCAAAUAUGCUGGGGCUCCACAACAGCUGAACGGAUAUUAUACAAGCUACCUGAACUGGAGAGCUCCAUCCUUUCCUUAUGAAGAAGACAAAAACUUGGAUUAUCACAUGUAUUUAUCUUCAACUAUUUUUUGUAUGCUUUGGAAGCCCGUGUACAAAUCCUCUGACUGAUGCUGUGCAUGAUAUUGAAAAACUGGUUGGAAAUCUCCCAAACGAUUACAUUAUGCGUCUGAAACGUGUCCCAGCAAAGGAUCAUCUAGUAAGACUGUCUAUCUUUGUGGCAAAACACUGCUGGUUAUACGUGAUGGUGCAUGAAUUAUCCAGUCGCCUUGAAGUACUUGUAAACAGAUUCGCUAAUACAUCACAAAAUUAUAAAAUCUUAGGAGACCUGACCCUAAUUUUUCGAGAGAUCAGGAACUGUGUCAAUCUCAAUGAACAAAUGGAUUUUAUAGAGGAAUAUUUAGAUAAUAUUUCAGAAGGGGAAUUUGUACCCAGAGAGUUUUUUAAUUCAGUGACCAGCACAUUUGAUGUUUUCAAGGAUAUAAACAAUACAAAUUAUAAUACGACAUGUGAUCUCCCUACAAGUGAUCCCGAGUUAAGUUAUAUCACAAAUGGAAACACACAAUAUGCAUCAAGUCAUUUAAGAAAUAGCACCAGAAUUGUUCCAGGGUACACAGAAUCAAUUGAAAUGAACAGCAGACUGCCAUUACAGUGGCCAAGCAUAGCCUCAAUAGCAUUGAUGUCUAUAGUCGUUGGAUUUGCCUUUGGUGUUUUAUGUUGGAAGGUGAAGCACAGAAGAGGCCAUACAGAGACUGCAAUACCUGGGAUCACCGUUGAUCAAAGAGAGGCUAAUGAAAACAUGCUACAACAGACAGCAAGAGAGGUCUCUGUAAUAUAGAAAUCACCAAUAUCUGGUAUCGGCACUCUAUUAGCUUUAUAUCUGGAACAGUCGAAAAACAGCCUCUUACUCUUGUGACGCAACAAACUGUUAUUUGGACUCUUUUGGGGUGAAUUCAAUUAUUGCUACCUGAAUUGACACCACUUACAAGAGUUUGUGCCUCACUGGAUUGUUUACCGUGCACACUUGCCCUGUCUGUCUGCUUAAGACAAUAGCUAUGAUUUCUGGAGAACCUGUAACAGAAGAUAAAUGGAGGACCAGAGCUAUGCCAAACACUAAACACUUAGAGAGCAAUUCUAUGGUAGAGACAUUAUCCUGCCAAGAUGAAAAACAGAUUUUAGGAUUACUGGAUAAUUUUGUCUGUUUUGCUUGUUUUUCUGAGUUGUUUUACCAUUUCCAUUGAUGAAAGUAUGUAACACUCCAUAAUCAUCCUGACUCCUGGAAUAUUGUCACACCGUGUCAACGCAGCCCUCUGACAGUACCAUAAAAUGAAGAAAAUUCGACAGCAACAUGUAUACAAGGCAAAGUUCUCCAUAUACCUAUAUACUUUUUAAAGUUCACAUAAUAAAUAUAUUUUUUUAUAUUGGACACACUUUUCUGUACAUAAAGUAUUAUAAUAUGUACCACUUGCAUUGAGUCGGUAACUCUGUUGGCUAAAUGGGCCUUUUAGAUAUAAAUUAAAACAAAAUAAUUAUAAAUAAUAUAACCAAAUAGGAAUGACAUAAUCUAUUUAAAUCCAUUUCACUGGGAAUUACUGUGGCAUAGCUCUGAUUUGCAGUCAUACAAAGGGUUAAUGACAGGAAUUGUGCCACAAGUAAUGUUUCUCCAGCAAAGUACCAUGGGAAAUUUAGUGCUGGUGCUGGUGACAAAAAAGUGUAAAAAGAAAAAAAAAUACAUUCAGUCAUUUCUUGACUGGUAUAAUAAAGUGGUCUGUAUUUAUAUACAAUUUAAAUUAUUUAUUGCAACCAUUUACUAUAGUAGAAAUUAUGAUCUUAAAUACUUUAUUACAAAUCUGAUGUCAUAACAUUAAUAAUUGAUUUGACAGCGUAUGCCAGUAGUAACAUUUGCUUCUAGUGCUAUAUUGGAAUCUGUUAUAAUAUGUUGCUCACUUUUCACAAGAGCAGUAACCAUAAAACGAAAUAACGGUUCUGUGUUUUGUAUUUUCAUGUUAGAUUCCAUAUUUUCAAAAUGUGAUAUCAAAAGGGAAGUAUAAACAUGUUUGAUGGGGAAUUAUUUUUUUUUUUUUUGGGAUUUAUUUGAAUAUUUGUUUUCCCUAGUUUUUAUACACAUAUGGUAUCUCUAUAAUAAGGCUUCUCUGGGUAUCUUUGGCUCAUAGGUGGUAUCUUCUGGGUGACUUAACACGAUGAAAGAUAGGGAUGGUAAAUCACCAAGCAGUUGGAAGAUCACUCAUCUAGAUGCCAGUUACCAUUUCUUCUCUUAACAAACUGUGUUUAGCUGUAUUGCCGAAAUCUUACAUUUUACUUUGACUGGCAUUACCAUUAAAUAGAUAUACAUCCAGUACAUUGCAUUAGCUUAAUAAACAUCUUUCUCUUCUUGUUUAUGAUUCGAAACAUUGUUGAGCUCUUUUCUGUGCAUGCCAAAAAUAAGAACUUUUUGGGACUAAAGUAAUGUGUGAUGCUUGUGUUAUAUAUGGUUCAAAUAUUCCAGGAACAAAAUAUUUACAUUUAAAAGAUGCUUUUAGAUUUAUGGUUUCCUAACUAGUUCAAUAGUCAAAUAGGCCCUUUUUUUCAGUGUCCCCACAAAAUAUUGACUCAGUUCAGUUGUAGUAUUUCAUACUAUACUAAAAACUUCCAGCUCAGGCUAUCUUAGUUUUUUUUUUUUUGUUCCUGUACAUGUUAGUAUCGAUAGCUGCUAUGAAAAGUGGCCUGGCAACGUAAGGAAAUACCAUAAGUAAUGUCUCAAGGGAGAACUUUUCUAAUCUGUUGUGCUUUUGAGUCCCGUAAACAUAUAACUGUAAAGCUAUACAUCCGGGAAAUAGACCAAAUAUAGUCACUAGUUGACUACUUUCGAUCCUUAAAGGAUACCUCUCAUCAAAUAAACUUUUGAUAUAUUUUAGAUUAAUGAAUGCUGAAUAACUUUCCAAUAGCAUGUUAAUGAAAAAUAUGCUUCUUUCUAUUGUAUUUUUCCCGAUCAGUCCUGUCAGCAAGCAUUUCUGACUCAUG